AUGACUGACGUUGUUCUUGGUUCUCAAUGGGGUGAUGAAGGUAAAGGUAAAUUAGUUGAUAUCUUAUGUGAAGAUAUUGAUGUUUGUGCCAGAUGUCAAGGUGGUAAUAAUGCAGGUCAUACCAUUGUUGUUGAUGGUGUUAAAUAUGAUUUCCAUAUGUUACCUUCAGGUUUAGUUAAUCCAAAAUGUCAAAAUUUAGUUGGUAAUGGUGUUGUUAUUCAUGUUCCAUCAUUAUUUCAAGAAUUAGAAAAUUUAGAAGCAAAAGGUUUACAUUGCAGAGAUAGAUUAUUUAUCUCUUCAAGAGCUCAUUUAGUUUUUGAUUUCCAUCAAAGAACUGAUAAAUUAAAAGAAGCUGAAUUAUCUGAAAAUAAAAAAGAUAUUGGUACUACUGGUAAAGGUAUUGGUCCAACUUAUUCAACAAAAGCUUCAAGAUCUGGUAUUAGAGUUCAUCAUUUAGUUAAUGAUGAUCCAAAUGCUUGGGCUGAAUUUGAAGCAAGAUAUAGAAGAUUAGUUGAUACAAGAAAACAAAGAUAUGGUGAAUUUUUAUAUGAUUCUGAAGAAGAAUUAGCAAGAUAUAAAAGAUAUAAAGAUUUAUUAAAACCUCAUGUUGUUGAUUCAAUUGAUUUUAUGCAUCAAGCUUUAGCUUCAAACAAAAAAAUCUUAGUUGAAGGUGCUAAUGCUCUUAUGUUGGAUAUUGAUUUUGGUACUUAUCCAUAUGUUACAUCAUCUUCAACUGGUAUUGGUGGUGUUUUAACUGGGUUAGGUAUUCCACCAAGAGCUAUUAGAAAUGUUUAUGGUGUUGUUAAAGCUUAUACCACAAGAGUUGGUGAAGGUCCAUUCCCAUCUGAACAAUUGAAUGAAGAUGGUGAAAAAUUACAAAAUAUUGGUGCUGAAUAUGGUGUUACCACUGGUAGAAAACGUCGUUGUGGUUGGUUAGAUCUUGUUGUUUUAAAAUAUUCCACUUUAAUUAAUGGUUAUACUUCAUUAAACAUUACAAAAUUAGAUGUUUUAGAUACUUUUAAAGAAAUUCAAGUUGCUGUUUCUUAUUCAAUUGAUGGUAAAAAAUUAAAUUCAUUCCCUGAAGAUUUAAUUAGAUUAGGUAAAGUUGAUGUUGAAUAUAAAACUUUACCAGGUUGGGAAUCUGAUAUUACUAAAAUUAAAAAUUAUGAAGAUUUACCAGAAAAUGCUAAAAAAUAUUUGAAAUUUAUUGAAGAUUACUUAAAUGUUCCAAUUGAAUGGGUUGGUACUGGUCCAGGUAGAGAUUCAAUGUUAUCAAAACCAAUCAACAAAUAA